CACACACAGCUAGGAGCUAGCCCUUCCACCUGCAGAGAGCAGCGCACGAGUGGCGACCAAAAACUCAAACCAGCAGCAGCCAUGCAGCUCAGCGUCCCGCCGCACAUUGUGGUGUGUCUCGCGUUAGCCUUUCUGCUGCUCCCGUCCCACGCCGCGGCGACGGCGACGGCCCCGGCCGGCACGCUACAGCGUGAGACGAAGCAGCAGAUCCUGGCGAGCAUCCCGCCGCACUGGGACGAGAACCCCGUGCUGUUCCUGACGUCGCCGUCGGGGAAGUACGCGGCGUACUUCAUGCGCACCCAGACCACGCCGGGCGCCGGGGGCCUCGGCGCCGACUUCUGCUACGUCGAGGUGCUCGACACGACGGCGCCUGGCGCCGAGGGCCGGAGCGUGUGGGAGUCGGAGUGCAUGGCGGUGAGCACCGUGAACACGUGCGCGCUCGUGUUCUCGUGGAACGGGCUGGAGGUGUUCGACGGGAGCACCUCGGUGUGGCACACCCACGACACGCGGUCCGACGACCACAACUUCCUGCAGACGCUGCAGCUGGUGGACCACGGCGACAUGCGCAUCCUCGACAAGGGCGGCGAGCUGGCGUGGAAGGCCAGCGACGAGCCGCGCGCCGCGCAGCACUGCGGGAUGCCAGGCUCGCCCGGCCUGGCCUCCGCUCUGCCCCCGUUCGCCGAGCCGAUCGGACACGGGAGCAGCGACCUGCCGUUUGGACAGGGAGACGGUUAUGGCAACGGCGUCGGAGUCGGGGUCGGCGUUGGAGCUGGCGGCGUGGCGCAACCUGAGGCACCGCUGGCGGCGCCAUUGCCGCAGCCCGAGUUGCCACUGGCGCCGCUGCCUCAGGAAGCGGAUCAGUUCGGUGGCGCCGCCGCCGCCGCGGGGCAGGGACAGACCGUGCAGGAUGUGGGGCAGACGUUCGGAUUCGGCAACCAGCCGCUGGUGGACAACAGCCCGUACGACAGUGGGGCGCUAAAGCAUGGAUGCAGCCUCGUUGGGAACUCAGUUGCUUUGGGUCUCACCGUGGCCGUCGCCAUGGGUCUGGGCCUCUGAAUUCGAGACAAGCGCGCGUGCAAAUGGUUGUGGUGUACUAAACUCGAUCUUGUUAUUAUCUCCGGCAUAAGUAGCCGGUAGAUGUAUUGUGUUUGGAGUGGUGCUUGUUUGGUGAUGUCAGUGGGGUAUUGUCGUGUUGUAGUAUAAUCUUGAGACUGCAAAUUGUUUGUUAAAAAUCUGAGCUU